AUGUACCCCUGGAAUGCUACUCUCGGCUCCUGGGCUGAGGGUACGGGACUUCACAUCGAUGCCCUCGGCCUCGUCACGCUCCUCGGAGCGGAGGAGAUGAACCGCAGCAUCGGGAGACUCGUCCCAAGCCUGUACCUCGACUAUCUACCUCUGCUCGGCGCGUUCGUUGUGGCUGGAAACCAGUUUACUGAAAAGAAGCCUGGCUUUGCGUUGUACAACAUCUCGGAAGGAAUCAUGACCAGCGAGCUGGCUGGGUGGUUCUCGAGAUGGCUUCAAGGACAAGAACUUCAUCGGGUUCGCAGUGUGGUCAAGUGGGAGGUUGGGGAGCGACCUCACCGAUGGACAUCGUUCCUCGUCGGCUUCCUUUUGAUCAGUUUGCCCUCUCAUGGAAUACUGAUCGCGCUGACAGUAUUGUCGGCUGAUUGGUGGGGAUUUGCUAAUGUUAUGGCCAUGAUCGUCUCUGUGAUUGUCCGACGUAUUCAAGUCGCACAAAAUCAAGCCGGGAUUGACGCAAAUAUCAGAGAGGCUCAACAGGAGGCUCGCAAAUACAAUUAUCCACAAAAAUUCGAAGAUUAUAAAUCAUCAAUGGCACGACUCGAAGAACGCCGUCAACAGAGUUUAGUCAGCGAGGACGCGAAAUUGCCCACAGAACCCAAAGAUCCAUACACAAUCGCCAAGGUGAUCGUGAUAACAGAAGAUUCCAAAGCCGUCACGAUCGCUGUGCCAAGAUAUCUGAUCAAGCACAUAUUUACGGCCCAUCCACAAAGUCCAAACCAGCUCCUCUACACGGCAUGUCAAUGGAUUGGCUGGGCCGGCUUCGCAGUACAUGUCAUCAGCAUUGGGAUGGCGGGUCUGUACACCCAGAUCUGCACGGUAGUGGUUAUUCUUGUUGCGACGGUAUUUACAGCCCACAAGGUUGGCUGCGAGGAUUCAAGGAUAUGGAGCCGCUUCAGGAGCAAAUGGAGGAAGGACGUCGACGAAGACCUGGAAUAUAGUUGCUGGGUGAGCUCGAGCUUGAAAGCCACACUCGCCACAUACCCAGUCUCAUACGUCAAUUGGAGUGACACCGAAGAGGACCGCAAACUUCCUAGUGUGCAGGAACCACACGAAGUGAAAGGAGGAGGAAGGUGGGGCCGAAGAAACAAGGUCGACUUAGAAUCUUCUCUCUCAAAGCCAGACGUUCUGAAGAACAUUCCCGAGCGGCGCCAGGAUCUGUACGCUUGGCUAGAUCUAACAGCAGAAGAAGACAGUCAUCUCAACUUUUGGGGAUUGAUACCCCAUAAUCAGGAGUGGAAGGAUAUUUAUCUGGAGAAAAAGGCUAUUCAUCGCAGGAGGCUUCGCCGAAAUCAGGCACAUGGUAUGAAUGCAAAUCCUGGGGCGGCAUUGCAAUAA